AUGGCGCCUAAGGUCCGCUCCGAUAAUCAGGAAGUUUCUCUCGGCCCUAGCGUCGAUGAUGGCAAGAUUGUAUUCGGCGUUGCGCACAUUUACGCCAGUUUCAACGAUACCUUUGUGCAUGUCACCGAUCUUACUGGCAAGGAAACCAUCGUCCGUGUGACUGGCGGUAUGAAGGUGAAGGCUGACCGUGACGAGUCGUCUCCCUACGCAGCCAUGCUUGCUGCCCAGGACUGUGCCGCUCGUUGCAAGGAGGUUGGCAUCAACGCCGUCCAUAUUCGUUUGCGCGCAACUGGUGGUGUUGGCCCAAAGAUGCCAGGUCCCGGUGGCCAGAGUGCUCUUCGUGCUCUCGCCCGUGCUGGAAUGCGUAUCGGCCGCAUUGAAGAUGUGACACCUAUUCCAAGCGACUCUACGCGUCGUAAGGGUGGUCGUCGUGGUCGCCGUCUGUAA